GGAAAAAGCUAAGAGCAACAAAAUUAUUCGAAAAAUGUGCAACGACUGCUGCUGUAGCCAAAUGAGAAAAUGCUGCCAAUGUCAGCCGCAAGUGGAGAAGCUGCGCAGCGUGGAUGAGUAUCGUUGGUUCCAGCGCUGCCCCAUCGAUGUCUCUCCCAAGUGUGAUGCUGAGGGUGGGGCACAUCAAUGCGAAUGCAUCUGUCGCCGCAAUCGUCAUAUUAUCGAGGCAUUGAGCUGUCUAUUCAAAUGCUCCAUACAAUAUAUGCUAUCGGUCCUGUUCAAGCUCGCCUAUCAAAUUUAUCAGCAGCCCCUCAAGCGAUAUCCCCGCGAUCGUGUCUGGAGUGUGAUGAGGCACGUCAAGGCACCCUAUACGGAGCUCAACGAUUUGGAGAUAUAUGAUAGUAUGUACGAUCGAUGCGGUAUGCCAAUUGAUCCCCUUGACAAGGAUAAUAUAUUGAAGAUAGUGCGCAUGAUGUUCCUAAUAUCGGUGCUAACCUUUGAUCAGCAAAAAUAUUUGUUGCAUAUGCUCAACCGUCUGAAUGCUCAUGCUCACUGUCCCGUUGAAGUGGAGUUUUUGCUGAGGACACUCAAAAGCAUUGAACUGAGGCAGCUGGUGUGCAGUCUACGCAACCAGGAGGCACUCACCCAACGCCUCUACACAUCGCGUCAAUGCAGUGACCUCUGCGGUCUCUAUACCAAAGUGGCAACCGUCGAUAAGUAUGCGAUUGCCCGCCAUCGCAGUCGACGAGAUCGCAUCAAAAAUAAGCGGAAUGUGGCCAGAAGUAGUCAUGCCGAGAGUCUGGCUGCUUCAUCUGCCCGCCAAUCCGCAGUGAUUCGACAGUUUUGCGAACGCAAAGCGAGACCGUCCAGCGAUAUGGGUGGCAAUCACAUCUAUAGCCACAACAUGCGGCACAAACAAUUGUCGUUCUAGUUCCUCCUCCAUUCUAGAUGCACAUUUUUCAUUUUGUUGUUACUUAAGCGCACUCACUAUAAACUAUAUA